UAGCAAUAUAGACUAGUAGGUUACUGGUAAUGCUUCCCUAUUACAUUUCCCUGCCAUGUGCAUCACCCUUCAGCUCACUUGUAUCAUAACAUCAAGCCUGUAAUACUAGAAGGCAAUCAUUUGAAAGAAGGAAAGUUCUUAUCUGGUACAGGAAAGCAGCAUGCUGUUUGCAUCUUUGUAUUGAAUUUGCUUAAUCAGAAAUUGUGUCACAGUAUUCUUAAUUACAUGCUAUAUUGCAAAUGACUGCUGUAAGCAUAUUGUGUGUAAUUAGCAUAAAGGUCGCUGUCACAAGUUGUCCGUCUCUUGGAUACAGGGUUUGUUCUCUGGCUGAGCUGUAAUAGAAGGACAGCCCACACUCCAGGAACACCCCUCUGCUGACAGAUCUGCUCCUGUGAGUGACCCAUCAGGCAGAGCAGAGGUGCUGCUUACUGCAACUGCAAGUGAGGAUGAUGGCUCUGCACAUACUAUUCUUUCAGCUAUGUGUUUGUGUUAUUGCUUUUCCAAUACACAUCCUGGCCUUGCUGGGUCUGUGGGAACCGAUGGCUAAGAAGUGGAUGCCUUUCCUCAUGGACAGGAUUACAAAUACCUACAACAAGUACAUGAGAGAACACAAGAAGCAACUAUUCAGCAACAUGAGUGAUUUUAAAGGCCCUUCUGGGGAACUGAAGGUCCUGGAGCUUGGCUGCGGCACCGGUGCAAAUUUCCAGUUUUAUCCUUCAGGAUGCACGGUCACCUGUGUAGAUCCCAACCCUAACUUCAAGAAGUAUUUGAGUAAGAGCCUGGCUGAGAAUGAUCAUGUGCAUUUCCAGGAUUUUCUGAUCGCUCCAGGGGAGAGCAUGCCCCAAGUCGCAAGUGGUUCCAUGGAUGUGGUAAUCUGCACCUUGGUCCUGUGCUCUGUGGACAAUAUUGAAGGGAUCCUGGCAGAAAUACGUCGGGUUCUGAAGCCUGGAGGAGCGUAUUAUUUCUUGGAGCACGUUACUGCAGAUCCUUCCUCAUGGAACUAUUUUUUCCAGAUAAUUUUGGAUCCGACCUGGAAAUAUAUAGGGGAUGGAUGUAAACUUACAAAGGAAACAUGGAAAUACCUGGAAAAAGCCAAUUUUUCACAAGUGAAACUUAGACACAUCACGGCUCCAUUUAAAUGGAGCCCAAUCAAACCCCACAUUGUUGGGUAUGCUGUAAAAUAAGUGUAAUACUUGGUAAACAACAAGAAGAUGAAACACUAUGGAAAAUAAUAUGCCACAAACUUCCCAGCACUUACAAAAAUACAGCAGACGAUGGAAUUAGUUUGGGAGCAUAAAAAUAAGAAAAAUUAUAACUGGAUCGCUAAGAGUUUGGAUUCAGUUUGUAAGUGUGAAUGUUUUAUUACUAUGGUAAAUAAACUUUUUACCUACAGCAA